GCGGGAGCCACGCUGGCUGCGGGGGUCCCUGCGCCCUGGUCUGAGUUGCUACGGCUUCUGGAGCUGAGAGGAGCAAGGAGUUCUCUGCCUACAGGAUGGAACUGCAGGAUCCAAAGAUGAACGGAGUCCUUCCUGUGAAUGCUGUGGGCUACAGGCAGGAACGUGAGGGCUUCCUGCCCAGCCGUGGUCCUGCUCCUGGGAGGAAGCCGGUCCAGUUCAUGGAUUUCGAGGGGAAGAUAUCGUUCGGAAUGUCAGUGUUCAACCUCAGCAACGCCAUCAUGGGCAGUGGCAUCCUGGGGCUGGCUUAUGCCAUGGCCCACACAGGGGUCCUCUUCUUCCUAGCCCUGCUGCUGUGCAUCGCACUUCUGUCUUCGUACUCCAUCCACCUCCUGCUGACAUGUGCUGGUGUCAUAGGCAUCCGGGCCUAUGAGCAGCUGGGACAGAAAGCAUUCGGGCCUGUGGGGAAGGUAGCAGUGGUUGUGGUCAUCUGUCUGCACAAUGUUGGGGCCAUGUCCAGUUACCUGUUCAUCAUCAAAUCUGAGCUCCCCCUGGUUAUUCAUGCCUUCCUGGACAGGGCCUCUGAGGGGAACUGGUUCUUGAAGGGAAACUUCCUUAUCAUCCUUGUCAGUUUGUUAAUCAUCCUGCCCCUGGCCCUUAUGAAACACCUGGGCUACCUGGGGUAUACCAGUGGUCUCUCUCUGACCUGCAUGCUGUUUUUCCUCAUUUCAGUCAUCUAUAAGAAGUUCCAACUUGGCUGUGCUGUAGGCCGCAAUGAGACAGCAAUGGAGAGUGAAGGCCCCCUGGGGCUCAACAGCAGCUGUGAGGCCAAGAUGUUCACAGUUGACUCACAGAUGUCCUACACAGUGCCCAUCAUGGCUUUCGCCUUUGUCUGCCACCCUGAGGUGCUGCCCAUCUACACGGAGCUCUGCCGGCCCUCUCAGCGCAGGAUGCAGGCCGUGGCCAACGUGUCCAUUGGGGCCAUGUUCUGCAUGUACGGGCUCACAGCCACCUUCGGCUACCUCACCUUCUACAGCAGCGUGGAGGCAGAAAUGCUGCACAUGUACAGCAAAGAGGACAUGCUCAUCCUCUGCGUGCGCCUGGCCGUGCUGCUCGCGGUGACCCUCACUGUGCCAGUUGUGCUGUUCCCUAUACGCCGGGCUCUGCAGCAGCUGCUUUUCCCAGGCAAGGCCUUCAGCUGGCUGCGGCACGUGGCCAUAGCCCUGAUCCUGCUUGUUUUGGUCAAUGUUCUCGUCAUCUGUGUGCCGACCAUACGGGAUAUCUUUGGGGUUAUCGGGUCCACGUCAGCCCCCAGCCUCAUCUUCAUCCUCCCCAGCAUCUUCUACCUCCGCAUUGUACCCUCUGAGGUGGAGCCCCUCUUUUCCUGGCCCAAGAUCCAGGCUCUGUGUUUUGGCGCCCUGGGGGUCCUCUUCAUGGCGAUCAGUAUAGGCUUUAUGUUUGCCAACUGGGCCACAGGCCAGAGCAGUGUGUCUGGACACUGACCAUGCCCUGCCUUGGUCCCCGUGUACACGCACACGUGCGUAUGGAGGGAGUCGGGCUGCUUUCUCUGGUCUCUCGUGCCUGGGGUGUGGAGGGGUCUCAUCAGCAUGGCUGUUGGAGGUGGGGGCGGCAGAGGCUGCAGAGUGGUCCACUUUCUUCCUCCCCAGGGAUGCUGAGCUUGGACCAUGGCCCUAAUUGCAAACCCAACCCUAUGGAAGGAGGAGGUGGCCAGGCCCUGGGGGAGCCCUUGCCCAGUCCAGUCUUCUCUGUUUCCUCCUGGCCAAAGCUAUUUGUCAGGAUUAUUGGGCUAAAGGGGAAGAAUAAAGA